AUGAAUUUUCGGGUGGAAAUGUUCGGGGCGAGUAGAGGGCACGGGAGCGGUGGGCCUGUGGGGCCCAGUUUGAUUCCGAAGCGUUUUGUUUGGCCUCACGGAGGAAGAACGGUGUUUCUAAUAGGUUCUUUCACGAGCUUAACGCCUGGAUAUCAUGAGGUUGUUUGGCUUGGCUUCUUUGAAUUUUGCAAAUCUGAGUAUGAGGAGUUUCCUGUCACUGACAGAGAAAUGAUAAAGAAGGAGCUUGCUUAUGGAAGUUUUUGUCCUGGACAUGGUCUGACCUUGCUAGUCUCUGUCCCAGAAGCUCUUGCUCUUCCGUCCCAAUACAAAUUUAAUGUUGAUGGUGAGUGGCGGCAUGAUGAGCAUCAGCCAUUUGUCUGUGGGGACUGUGGGAUAGUGAAUACUUUUUAUUUAGUGAGACAACCAGUUAUUUUGCCUCCUACCUUAAGUGCUGAAACACCUGGUCGAUCCCACAUGGAGGUUGACAUCGUUGGCCAUGUGGAUGUGGUUAACUUGUACUCUCGUCUGGAAGCUAAUCCAAGGAUGUCAGAGUCUGAUCUACAGGUCUCACGACAUCGUAUAUCUAUUUUCUUGUCUACACUUACUGCUUAUGAGUUGCUUCCCGAGUCAGGCAAGGUUGUUGCCUUGGAUAUAACUUUACCAGUUAAGCAAGCAUUUCAUGCCCUCUAUCAAGAGGGAAUAUCUAUAGCUCCUGUAUGGGAUUCUACGAAGUGCCAGUUUGUUGGAAUGCUUAGUUCUAUGGACUUCAUUCUAAUACUAAAAGAGUUGUGGACUCAUGGAUCAAACAUGACUGAAGAACAACUUGAGACACAUACUAUAGGAGCAUGGAGAGAGGCAAAGUUACAAGAAUGUGUAACUGAUAGUAAUAGGAGAACAUACCCUCGACAUUUAGUUCAUGCUGGGCCUCCUGACUGUCUAAAAGAUGUUGCCUUAAAAAUUUUGCAAAACAAGGUGGCAACGGUUCCAAUUAUCCAUUCUUCAGAGGAUGGUUUAUUUCCUCAGCUGCUACACCUUGCUUCCCUAUCAGAAAUACUAAAAUGUAUAUGCAGGCAUUUUAAGCAUUUUUCUGAUUCCUUGCCCAUUCUUCAGCUACCAAUUAGUUCGAUACCUGUAGGUACAUGGGUGUCAAAAUUGGGGGAGUCCAAUAAACAGCCACUUGCUAUGCUAUGGCCACAUGCUUCUCUUGGUGAAGCUCUGUCUCUGUUGAUUCAAGCUGGAGUUAGCUCGAUACCAAUUGUGGAUAUUAAUUAUUCAUUACUUGAUAUAUAUUCAAGAAGCGAUAUUCUUGAAUUGGUUAGAGAUGAAUUGUAUGCAAGGAUAAAUCUGGAUGGGUUUAGUAUCCAUCAGGCAUUGCUUUUGGGACGAGAUGCAGGCUUUCCUUGCGGGCUUCGGAAUGGCCCGAGAUGUCAUAUGUGUUUGAGAUCUGAUUCAUUGCACAAAGUGAUGGAGCGAUUGGCACACCCUGGUGUUAGAAGACUUGUUGUUGUGGAGGCGGGUACCGGGCGUGUGGAAGGUAUCAUUUCCAUUGGUGACAUCUUCAGAUUCUUGUUAUGCUGCUAG